AUGGAAACCGCAGAUGGACCCUGGACGGUGAUACAGAAUAGACAAGAUGGACAGGUGGAUUUCUACAGGAAAUGGGCGGACUACAAGAAUGGAUUCGGAGACAAGAAUGGAAACUUUUGGUUAGGUAUACUUGAGGCAAUCCAUCAGCUUACUCAGAAGCCAUCUGUCUUGAGAAUCGAACUGACCUCUUGGCUUGGUGAUUCUGCAUAUGCUCAGUAUUCCACCUUCAGUAUUGCUGAUGAAUCCAAGAAUUAUAGACUUUCUAAAUCAGGGUUUUCAGAAAACACGUCUGACGCAAUGGCCUACCAUAAUGGUUCACCAUUCUCUACAUACGACAAAGAAAACAACGCAAAUGCUUGUGCCAGUCGUUCGUCAGGCGCUUGGUGGUACAAAAAUUGUUUUUGGAGUAACGGAGUGCACAGCAAAGAUGAAAAUGGAGGCAUGAUUUGGUGUGUGUUCUACUCUGUUCCAGGGUAA